UAAUGAGCUAGUGGCUGAGCUGUGCCUACGCUGGGACCAGGAGAGACAGAGAGAGAGAGAAGGACGGAGCUCUUCUGAAGAACUACGUUCAAAAGAAGGAGCUGAGCGUAGUCCGUCCAGGUUUGAAAGCCGGAACACGCUCAGAGAGGAGUGCAGCAAGUCAGAAGCGGAGCAUUGGAACUGCCAGCAAGAAAAGAAGAAUUAAUAAAGGAAACCACAGGCAAGUCAUGUAAACACUGAAGUUCAGGCACAAAUUAGAAUUGAGCACUUCCUGCAAUAAGGCUCAGAAAAGUGUGUCCCAAAAUGUCGAACUGUGUGGCUCCUUUCGCUAUCCUCAUGAUUGUCCUUUCACGGCCCUCAUGGAGCAGCAAGGAAUAUGUCAGCUUUCCCAUCCAGAAUCGGGAUUGGACACUCAACCACUUGGCUGUUCACAGUAUAACAGGGAAUGUUUAUGUUGGAGCUGUCAAUUGGAUUUACAAACUAUCAAGCAACUUAACGCUGUUAUUGAAGCAUGAAACCGGUCCAGAAGAGGAUAACAAAUCUUGCUAUCCUCCACUGAUUGUUCAGCCUUGUAAUGAACCCCUGACAAUGACUAACAAUGUAAACAAAUUGCUUCUUAUUGAUUACUCUGAGAAUAGGUUGCUGGCCUGCGGAAGUCUGUUUCAGGGAGUCUGCAAACUCCUGCGACUGGAUGAUCUCUUUAUAUUGGUAGAACCUUCGCAUAAGAAGGAACACUACUUAUCAAGCGUUAAUGAAACAGGGACAAUGUAUGGCGUAAUUGUCUCAUCUGAAGGAUCAGACAGCAAGCUCUUCAUUGGAACAGCAGUGGAUGGCAAGCAAGACUAUUUUCCGACUAUUUCGAGUAGGAAAUUGCCACAGGAUCCUGAAUCUUCUGCUAUGUUUGAUUAUGUGUUACAUAGUGACUUUGUUGCUUCCUUGAUUAAAAUCCCGUCGGACACCCUGGCUAUGGUGUCGCACUUUGACAUAUUUUACAUAUAUGGUUUUAGCAAUGGAAAUUUUGUGUAUUUCUUAACAGUACAACCAGAAACUGAAGGACUUACUGGCUCCACAAAUGAUCAGUUCUACACUUCCAGAAUUGUGCGCUUAUGCAAAGAAGAUCCCAAAUUCCAUUCCUAUGUUUCACUCCCUAUGGGCUGCAUAAAGAAUGGAAUUGAAUAUCGCCUUUUGCAAGCCGCAUAUUUGUCAAAACCAGGAAGUGUUUUGGCAAAGUCUUUAAAUAUUUCAACAGAUGAUGAUGUUUUGUUCACCAUAUUCUCGAAAGGUCAAAAGCAAUAUAAGCAUCCACCAGAUGAGUCAGCACUCUGUGUGUUUGUUGUGAAAUACAUUAAUCAACAGAUAAAGGACAGACUGCAGUCAUGUUACCGUGGUGAAGGGAAUCUGGAACUGAACUGGUUACUAGGAAAGGAUGUCCGCUGCACCCAUGCGCCAGUCCCAAUUGAUGAUGACUUUUGUGGAUUGGAUAUAAACCAACCCCUUGGGGGCUCUGUACUUGUGGAAGGCAUUGCAGUUUUUACAGAGGAUAGGGACCGAUUGACAUCUGUGGCAUCCUAUGUCUACAAUGAUCACUCUGUGGUUUUCGUAGGAACAAAGAAUGGGAAACUUAAAAAGAUACGUGUCGAUGGUCCACCCAGUGAUGGGGCUCAUUAUGAGACUAUCAAUGUCAUGCUGGACAGAAGAAUGAUUCUGAGGGACAUGGGCUUCUCUACAGAUCAACAGUACCUAUACGUCAUGUCAGAGCGACAACUGUCAAGGGUGCCAGUGGAAUCAUGCGAACAGUACGAGACAUGCAGCAAGUGUCUAAGUUCUGGGGACCCUCACUGUGGUUGGUGUGUCCUUCACAACAUGUGCUCAAGGAGAGACAAGUGCGAGCGAGCCAUGGAGCCCUAUCGAUUUGCCGCCAGUAUUGAUCAGUGCGUGAAACUCAGUAUCCAGCCAAAUAGUAUCUCUGCAUCCGAGCACAGUGUACCGCUUAUUCUGAAAGUUAGUGAUGUUCCAGAUCUUUCUGCUGGCGUUGUCUGUGCAUUCGGAGGGUUGACCGAGGUGGAUGGUCAGAGAAUGGGUGACAAGAUAAUGUGCAUUUCACCGGCUGCUAAAGAUGUACCUCCCAUUCUUGCAGAUCAAGAUUGGAUUGGGGUGAGCCUUCAGCUGAAGUCCAGAGAGACUGGAAAGAUGUUUGCCAGCACUGAAUUUAAAUUUUUCAACUGCAGCGUUCAUCAGCUGUGUCUGUCGUGUGUGACAAGUGCAUUUCGCUGUCAUUGGUGUAAAUAUCGGAACCUUUGCACUCAUGAUCCAAGCAUUUGCUCUUUCCAGGAGGGACGGGUCAAUGCAUCAGAGGAUUGUCCACAGCUGGUGCCCUCAGAUGAGAUUCUUAUCCCAGUUGGAGAGGUGAAACCAAUCACACUAAAAGCACGGAACCUGCCACAGCCGCAGUCUGGGCAACGGGGAUAUGAAUGUAUACUUAAUGUACAAGGAGUAACCCAACGAGUGCCAGCUCUCCGAUUCAACAGUUCGAGUGUUCAAUGCCAAAACAGUUCGUACCACUAUGAUACAAUGGACAUCAGUGACCUGCCCAUUGAGUUUUCAGUGGUGUGGAAUGGUAACUUCAUCAUUGACAAUCCAGCAGACAUCAAAGUUCACCUGUACAAGUGUGAUGCACUGAGAGAGAGCUGUGGUCUCUGCCUGAAAGCGAACCAGAAGUUUGAGUGUGGCUGGUGUCGUGGUGAAGGGCGAUGUACACUGAGGCAACAUUGCCCCAUUGCUGCUUCUCAAUGGUUGGAUCUGUCCAGCAAAAACAUGAAGUGCACCAAUCCUCGUAUUACAAAAGUAACACCAAUGUCUGGGCCACAGGAAGGGGGGACUCAGGUGACCAUCCAUGGAGUGAAUCUGGGUCUGGAUUUUUUGGACAUUGCUAAUAAUGUGCGUGUGGCAGGAGUGCAGUGUAUCCCACUGUUAGAUGGAUAUGUAAUCGCUGAGCAACAAUUACCUAGUUCCCUUUUGAAAGCCAUGAUUGAAUCUGUCUCCACCACAUACUGGGAGAAGCCCUCACUGGAAGACCUGAAACCAAAUCGAGGCCCAGAGUCUGGGGGAACAAUGGUAACAAUUACUGGAAGAUAUCUUGGAGCCGGCAGCAACGUUAAUGUGUUGUUUGGGAAUCAAACUUGCGAGUUUUAUAGGAGAUCUGUGUCUGAAGUUGUUUGCGUUUCUGCUCCAUCUCUUCAUGGUACUGGCCCUGUGCGUGUUUCAGUGAGUGUUGAUCGUGCUCAGAUGGAGGAUAGCUUGUACUUUGAAUUUAUUGAUGAUCCCACUGUCCUGCGGAUUGAACCAGAAUGGAGCAUUGCCAGUGGAAAUACUUCUUUAACUGUGUUUGGAACAAACUUGGAUAUAAUCCAGGAGCCAAGGAUCCGUGUGAAGCAUAACAACCGGGAAUCUCUUAAUGUGUGUGAAGUACUGAAUUCAACGACCAUGACUUGUCGUGCCCCAGCUCUUACACACGAGUACAGACCAGGGAUAGACACCGUGGAACGGCCAGAUGAGUUUGGUUUUGUCUUUGACAACGUGCAGACGCUGCUUAUCUACAAUAAUACAAAUUUCAUCUUCUACCCCAACCCGACAUUUGAACCUCUGAGUACGACAGGCAUGUUGGAACAGAAGCCAGGCUCCCCAAUUAUACUGAAAGGUCGGAACCUUUUACCUCCUGCUGCUGGUGGAGCAAAGCUGAAUUAUACUGUAUUGAUUGGCGACACUCCAUGUGCUGUCACUGUUUCCGAGACACAGUUACUAUGUGAACCUCCAAAUUUAAGUGGACAGCUUAGGGUCCUGGUCCAGGUAGGUGGACUGCAGUUCUCCCCUGGGAUGGUUCAUGUCAUAUCUGACAGCCUGCUCACCCUCCCAGCCAUUAUCAGCAUCGCGGCAGGUGGUGGCCUUCUGCUUGUCAUAGUGGUCAUUGUUCUGAUUGCCUACAAAAGAAAAUCAAGGGAGAAUGACUUGACCCUGAAACGACUGCAGAUGCAGAUGGAUAACCUUGAAUCACGUGUUGCUUUGGAAUGCAAAGAAGCUUUUGCAGAACUUCAGACAGAUAUUAAUGAGUUAACCAGCGAUUUGGAUCGAGCUGGAAUUCCAUAUCUUGACUACAGGACGUAUGCAAUGCGAGUUUUGUUUCCUGGAAUUGAGGACCAUCCAGUUCUCCGGGAGCUCGAGGUUCCAGGAAAUGGGCAGCAAAAUGUGGAGAAAGCACUGAAACUCUUUGGGCAACUCAUUAACAACAAGGUUUUCUUGUUGACUUUCAUUCGGACGCUGGAAUUGCAGCGGAGCUUUUCCAUGAGAGACCGUGGAAAUGUGGCAUCCCUGAUCAUGACUGCACUGCAAGGCAAGCUAGAAUACGCCACCGAUGUCCUCAAGCGACUACUGUCGGACCUCAUUGAGAAAAACCUUGAAAGCAAGAACCAUCCGAAACUAUUACUUCGCAGAACUGAAUCUGUGGCUGAGAAAAUGUUGACAAAUUGGUUUGCAUUCCUCCUUCAUAAAUUCCUGAAGGAGUGUGCAGGAGAGCCUCUCUUCAUGCUGUACUGUGCCAUUAAACAACAGAUGGAGAAAGGACCAAUUGACGCAAUCACAGGCGAAGCACGCUACUCAUUGAGUGAGGAUAAAUUGAUCCGACAACAAACUGAGUACAAGACUCUAAUUUUGAAUUGUGUGAAUCCAGAGAAUGAGAACAGUCCAGAAAUUCCGGUGAAGGUGCUGAAUUGUGAUACAAUCACCCAAGUUAAAGAGAAAAUCCUGGACUCCAGCUAUAAAAACGUUCCCUACUCCCAGCGACCUCGAGCAGUUGAUAUGGACCUGGAGUGGCGUCAGGGACGAAUGGCUCGAGUUGUUCUCCAAGAUGAAGACAUCACCACCAAGAUUGAAAAUGACUGGAAACGCUUGAACACCUUAGCACACUAUCAGGUGUCCGAUCGCUCAGUUGUUGCUCUGGUCCCCAAACAAACUUCUUCUUACAACGUUCCAACCACAACCAGUAUGUGUCGGACAUCCAUUAGCCGCUAUGACUCUACCUUACGGUACACUGGAAGUCCUGACAGUCUACGCUCUCGGGCUCCCAUGAUUACCCCAGACUUAGAGAGUGGUGUUAAAGUGUGGCAUCUAGUAAAGAACCAUGACCAUGGAGACCAGAAGGAGGGUGACCGUGGCAGCAAGAUGGUGUCUGAAAUCUACCUGACAAGACUGCUAGCAACAAAGGGCACUCUGCAGAAGUUUGUAGAUGACCUGUUUGAGACAUUGUUCAGCACAGUACACCGUGGCAGUGCCUUGCCACUUGCCAUUAAAUACAUGUUUGAUUUCCUGGAUGAGCAGGCUGACCGACAUGUCAUCCAUGACACAGAUGUUAGGCACACAUGGAAGAGUAACUGUUUACCAUUACGAUUUUGGGUGAACGUGAUUAAGAAUCCACAAUUCGUGUUUGACAUUCACAAGAGCAGUAUUACAGAUGCGUGUCUAUCUGUUGUGGCACAGACCUUCAUGGACUCUUGUUCAACAUCUGAACAUCGACUCGGCAAGGACUCUCCAUCGAACAAAUUGCUAUAUGCCAAGGAUAUUCCCAACUAUAAGAGCUGGGUUGAAAGGUAUUACGCUGAUAUUGCCAAAAUGUCUGCAAUUAGCGAUCAAGACAUGAAUGCUUACCUGGCAGAACAAUCCCGUUUGCAUGUCAAUGAGUUUAACAUGCUGAGUGCAUUGAAUGAAAUCUACUCUUACGUUACCAAAUACAGUGAAGAGAUAACUGCUGCCUUGGAACAAGAUGAGCAAGCACGGAGACAGCGUCUGGCGUAUAAGGUUGAGCAACUGAUUGUCGCCAUGUCGCUAGAGAGUUGAGAGUGAAAUUGUCAAGAACUCGUGGCUGAAUAGUGAACUCAAUGGAGAAAGUCAUAAGAUAGGGAGAGUAAAGCGUGGAUCUUGUGGUUAAUUGCAAUGUCCAAAGUUGCACAAUAUCAAGUGGCCAGCAUGGCAAUUUAUUUUUGAAAUGUUUUGGAUACCUCUCCAUUUUGUUUAUCUCUGGUAUGGCUGCGUUCAGAAUACUACCUUUAGAUGACUUGCAACCUGGGUGCGAUGACCUUGAGUACAAUAGUUUAUGUUUACAAAGAACAAACUUUGGGAGCUACAGCUAUAUUUGUGGUGUGUUUACUGACAGUUUGAACAGGAGCUGAUGCAAAUGAACAAUGCAGGCAGGUUUAUGUGGCCAUGAGCAAGAAAGGACACGCAAAAUCAGUACCAUGCUACGGAAUUCUACCUUACCCGCUGUAAGAAGUAAAUUUCGAUCACAGCAGCAACAUGCAUAAUUGGAUAACCAAAAGCUCAUCCAGCAAAGUGAAACUGGUUAGACGCAGCAGUUGUUUCCAGUGCAAAUUAGAAAGGAAGAACAGCAGACUUCAUGCAUCAAGAUGUAUCUCUUGGAAUCCAGAAUCUUGCCUUUCUGAAAUUAGUGCCAUCCCUGCCUCAUAAUGUAUUAAGGACAUUAAUGAACUUGACAAUACUGAUACAAAUCAUAAAUGCACAUAUGGGUGACAAGCAGUCACCCCAAAGGUUUGUCAAUUUUUUUUUUAAUUUUAAAAUGUGUAUUUCUGUUUUUGUUUUAAGAAACAAGGUUUCAUCAGUGCUGCUAUUUAGCCAAACUCUUCCAUAUUGUAACAACAGUCAGUAAUAGUCAAUGUGAGGUUCAUACAGGGCUUUCUUCUUUAUUCUAACUUGCUGAAUGUAAUACCGUGGCUCAGUAGGAAACUCAAAGAAAUUGUACUGGAAGAUCUGUCAUCUUCACACGUUCCAUCAUCCUGUAAAUCACAAUCAUGUCAUUGAGUGAUCCCUACCACAGUGCGUAAUUUCACCUUUACAAGGCAUUACAUGUUUAAUGGGUUUUCUACCAAACUGUGGUGUGAAAUAAAGGAAAGGAAAUUGGAGAAAUUUCUCAUCCUAGCUGGAGAUUUGCCUUUUUUUUCAUUCUUUUCAUCAAAUCAAAUCACCACGAGGGAGUUAACAAAGCAAAAUUAUUGUUCAAACUCCAGCUCAAGAGGCAACAUCCCUCACCAGACAUCAGUUACUUGUAAAAACCUAUGUCAGUAAAAUCUGAAUUAGGUGGUGCUGCUAAAUAAAUAGGUGAAAAUGAAACAGCUGUCAAUCCAUGUGAGCAGUGCGGUUAUCUUCAGUGAGAGCAUCAUAGAUUUAUCAAGAUAUGGCAAAUGGCUUGAUAAUUUCAAGUCUGUUUGAAAGUCAGCAAUGUUGUUUGCUGAAUAUCAAUAUUGUUGCCAUCCAUGUACAUACGCUGGUGGAUUUGUAGCAGUAAUGGUGACAUUUGGAAGCUGCCACUUCAAGUAAUUAUGCUUUAGUUUUUGAGAUUUUGAUUCUCCCCAGAUGACUGGCGAGAUCAUGUAGGCCAUCAAAGGCUAUCAGUGUACCCAUUAGUUCAUUUUUGCUGUCUUCUGCCCUCCUACCUUGGUCAUUUAUUAUCCUUAUCUCACUUUAUCUUUGGAAAAAUGGACAGAAAUGUCCUAGGCUUCUCCAACAUGCUCAUCGUGAGUACCACUUAUUGGUCAGCCCAGCAGAAGAUGCCAGUUAGGAAACAAAAUGAGGAAGAACUGGCUUCUAGCUCACCUGAGAUGCUUUGCUUCCCAUUUAUAUUUGAAAGUGUAAAGUGAACACUCACCUGCCAAAUGUUCUAGCACAAACUAUGUUAUUUUGAGGGAAAACCUAGAUGGUGUGAAGCAAGCCUCCUGUGUGCUUUGCUACCAAAGAUUUUAUUUCAAAUAUUUUUAAUUACAAAUCUGUGCAAAAUGGGCACAGUCACUUGACGUCAAAUAUCUACAGAAAUUGUUUAAAAGUUCUUCCCAAAACAGUUUUCUUUUUCCAUUUUGCGUUGAAGAAACCAAAGGUUUUAAAAGUGCAUGUCCUAGUGCCACAAAGUGUAUAAACGUUGUAAAUAUUGAUCUUACCUCGGUGUGGGAUGAAAAACCCAGAGAUUUUUAUUGCUGUUGUGCAUGGUCCUCUAGUAAUACAAAGAUGUGGAUAGUGUUAUUUGCACUUUUGUGAGAAGAUGUCUAUGGUGUUUUGACAUGGUUCAAUCUGAUGUUUCUAAUGCGUGGAGCAGUAACAAAACAAUAUGAUCAUCAAUAUCGAGGAUAGAUGGCACUUAAUGUCUAACAAUUUCAUUUGAAAAAUUGUACUCUUCAUUUGUUCCUAUCUCUGCUAUUCAUCGUAACCCAAUGUAAUGCAGCACUUUGGAGGGAAUAUGCAUCGUAAGUUAGACUGAGAAGCUUUAUAAGUCGUCACGUUAAAAGGACACCCUCAUGUUAUUCCUCUCUGUCGUUCAGAAUUUCACUGUGCGGUUUCGUGUUGUAAGAAUGAGAUACUCCCUUGAAGAAUAAAGAAUACUGUACCUUCAUGGAAUCUCUGUUGCUCAGUGGCAGAGUCCAGGAGGGGGUCAUGACCAGUGCAGGUGUGAAUGGAAGGGCAAAGGAGCUGACCUUUCGCAGCCUAUGUGGGAUCUUCUGAGUUUUCGUGCAGUCACAAGGCUUACAUGGAACAUUUCUCAUGAUCUCCUUCAAUCUGCUCACAUCCACUUUGAACAAGUUCAUACGUGAGAACUUGGUCAAAACUGCAUAUAUUUUGCCCAUUUCACUUGUAACUUUCCUGUUGUUGCCUUUUUAAUUCUGAAGCAAACAGCAGCUUACUAUCCGAGGCUUCAUCGGGAUUCUGUUGUGGUGUGCCUACUCACCCAAAUCUGGAUCACAUCCACCCCUGCAAACACCCAAGUCCUUCACACUUAGCUUCAAUCCUGUUUUUUUUUUAAUUCUUUGACAGGAUAAGACAAAAAGUAAAAUGAAACUUACUGAUAGAGAUUCAAUUGGAUAUCAAUGGUGAGAUGAAAACCCUGAAACCAAUUCAUUAAUGCAGCUAAAAUCAGGCUGCAAACUCUUGCACAAUAUUACACAGAUUAGCAGGUGAAAUAAAUCAGGGUAUAUCGGACAAAAGAUACCACCUAUGUUUGAAGGGGAAUAAUAAUUAGAAAUUAUGUUUUAGAAGUGUGACCAGAAACGAACAAACAUGCCGCUCCUAAAUGUAAAAACAGGAAUUUUUUUCUAUUGUAGUUUGUGAAUAUGUUGCUACUUAAAUGUAGUAGAAUAUUUAUGGUCCCACAGCUGCAGAACUGGUGACUCUUCCUAUUAAGUUGUGCAAUUUAACUUCUUUCAUGAAGAAUUUUUCUUCCAUCACUAGUUCUGUUCUAAAGGUGCUUUUAACAUCUGGUUUGUCGAUAUUUGGGUGCUGGUAGUCCUCUUAAUUCUUAAUACAAUGGCAAAUUUUCAUAAUGAGUGGUUUACUAUGGCUUUUGGAUCGCCUGUUGAUUACGGGGUCACCCUAUUCAUAACUAAUGUUCAACUUCUAUUCCCUUUCCAACAAUAAUCAUCAGAUGGUGACCAAGAGUGGACCCCAAAUCCAUGGAAACUGGCAUAAUAAUAUACAAAUGUCCUGAAGGCGUUUAGCUAAUUUGGGACUGACUAGGGGUUAAAUAGAGGAUCGUAUUUGUGUGUUUAGUUCAAUAGAGCACCAGUUAGAGCAUUUACCAAGUAAGGCAUUGACAAAACCAUUGCUGAAAUCUGUAACAAAGAAAAAUAUACGGUUGUAUCCAAUAGAAUGCAAUAGGUUGAUUGGAUUAAAGAAAUGUUUAGACUCAGAUAUGCAUGAAACAGGACAGCUGUAUCGUUGCUUGGUUAGAAAUUUGGAGCUGAUAACAAGCUGUGAAUGUCAAGACCUUGUCACAAAUUGGAUCGUACUGCAUUAGCAUGUUGAGUAGGUGCACUCAACUGUACAUUGGUUUCUGGUUAAAUUCUGGUUUAAUCACAGCCCUCAUUUAAGCAGUAAUGGAGAAGCCGGGAUACAGUAGCUUGCAAUUAAAAACAAUCAGUCAAGCUGCUUCUCAGCCACCACAUACUGAGCAAGCAUGCAUUCAUUAUUACCAUUCAAUCCAUGUCUUAACUGCAGUUAUACUUGAAUCCUUCAUCACAAAUUGGUGAUUGACAUUUCUUUAAGUAUCCAGCAGGAUCUUUACGAUAACAUUUGUAAUUCUUUAGGAUGCUUUGUGCAGAAAGUUUGCUCAAGAAUUCAGAUUCCAAGUUUGCUGAUUCAGUGUGUCAGAAAUUGAUGUGAAAUUGACAUUUGGAUCAUUUGAAAAAGGAUGGUGUAAUGUUAACUGAAGUACAAGCAGAGGUAUCUCAGUUACCUUACAGAUAUUCACAAAUGAUUGGAUAACAGAAUACAGAAAAUAUUGGAAAGUUUUUCACAAGUAUCAGAAAGAAAAAUCUAAAACAAAUUUAGGCAGGAUAAUUCCAAACAAUUCUUUUCAUAAGAUUGUCAAGGUAAAAAAGACAGUAUAGUGAUGUUACCUUUGAGUGAUUAAAUGCUGGGUUACAUGUGAAAAUUUGGUGCAACACAAACCGAUCUUGUGUAACUUUUUUUCUUAAUAUUAGUAGAACUAAGGCAACUUCAGAAGAGCUUUAUUAUCCCAUACAGUGGCAAAAGAUAAGCAUAGUGCUAUGUAAGCCUGAACCCAUAGAAUUUCACUGUUUCAUUGAUGGUUUUGUCUUUUCAGUGUGCUGUAGCAUCAGUAGCUUCAGUGUAUCACUCCAUUUUAAUCUCUGACCUCCAAAUCUGACUCUCUGCCUCUCUCGAAGUGAACCUCUGGGAUACUUCCAGUGAAUCGGAGCAAAAAGGAUAGAGUUCCUACAAUGUCAGUUCAAACAAAAAAGAAAAAUGAGAAAAAUGCAGUCAACAAUUUAAAAUUAGUUCUGUUUGUUAUAUUGUGUACUUAUUGUAAAUAUGAAUCACUGCUAUUUUGCAAGCCCGAAUCACUUUGUACUGUUGUUGUAGAUAAAUAAAGGUAACUUGA